AUCAUCAUCAAUAGUUUAGCUUUGCUUUUCCCACAAUGCACCUCGUUCUUUUCUAUUUCCUUUCGGAAAUCCGGCCGCCAUCGCUCCGUCAUAAGCCAUGGCGCCCAAAAGGAACAACAUGGUGCCCAAUGGGCACUUCCACAAGGACUGGCAGCGCUAUGUGAAGACGUGGUUCAACCAGCCCAUGCGCAAAAAGCGUCGUCACACGAAGCGCAUCAAGAAAGCCCGUGCCAUCGCGCCCAGGCCGGUCAAGGGAUCCCUGCGGCCAGUGGUCCGCUGCCCUACCUUUAAGUACAACACGAAGCAGCGCCUCGGCAAGGGAUUCAGCCUCGAGGAACUCAAGGCGGCGGGCAUCCAGAAGCGCGUGGCCCGGACCAUCGGCAUCUCGGUGGACUAUCGGCGGCGCAACAAGAGCGUGGAGAGCCUGCAGCAAAAUGUGCAGCGGCUCAAGGAGUACAAGUCCAAGCUCAUCCUGUUCCCACGCAAGGCCGCCAAGCCCGCCAAGGCAGACGCCUCCGAGGAGGAGCAGAAGCUGGCCACGCAACUGAAGGGAGUGGUGAUGCCCCUGCGCAAGGUGCGGCACUUCGAGAAGCCCCGGGUGCCCACGGAGGACGAGAAGAAGUACGAGGCCUACGUGCACCUGCGCCAGGCCAAGGCCAAGGCACGCCUCUGGGGCCUGCGGGCCAAGAAGGCCAAGGAGGCCGCAGAGAGCCUCGAGGCACAGGCCCCCAAGAAGGCCUGAGGCCACCAAUAAAAGCGUCCAGAAAGAGUGUACACAUGUCA